CUGCACCAUCGCAUUCUUCAGCCUCGGGUCUCAAGCCCUGUAGCAGAGAAGGCGAGGUCUAACUUUACACCACCGGCCUGUUCCGCCUUCAGUUUCGAGAUCCAUCCGGAACACUUUCAGACAGGAUCCUCAGUGAGCCGGCACUCGAUUGAAUCGGUCUGUCUCUACAGCCAAAGUAGGCGGGUUCGCUGCGGCCGCUCCAGGCCAAAGCGAGAAGACCUUACUGCGCACGCGCAGUAGACAGCCGAUGGAGCCACCGAUGGAGCAGUCCGGAGGGGAGCAAGAGCCCGGAGCCGUCAGGCUCCUGGACCUGCCCUGGGAAGACGUGCUGCUCCCACACGUCCUGAGCCGUGUGCCGCUGCGCCAGCUGCUCCGGCUGCAGCGCGUCAGUAGGGCCUUCCGGGCUCUAGUGCAGCUGCACCUGGCUGGGCUGCGCCGCUUCGACGCCGCUCAGGUGGGUCCGCAGAUCCCGCAGGCCGCACUGGCCUGGCUGCUGCGGGACGCCGAGGGGCUGCAGGAGCUGGCGCUGGCGCCGUGUCACGAAUGGCUGUCGGACGAGGAUCUGGUGCCGGUGCUGGCGCGGAAUCCCCAGCUGCGGAGUGUGGCGCUGGCCGGCUGCGGGCAACUGAGCCGCCGCGCGCUGGGGGCGCUGGCCGAGGGCUGCCCCCGCCUGCAGCGCCUUUCGCUCGCGCACUGUGACUGGGUAGAUGGGCUGGCGCUGCGCGGCCUCGCUGACCGCUGUCCGGCCCUUGAAGAGCUGGACCUCACCGCCUGUCGACAGCUCAAGGAUGAAGCCAUCGUGUAUCUGGCGCAGAGGCGCGGCGCAGGCCUUCGCAGCCUCUCGCUGGCUGUCAACGCCAAUGUGGGAGACGUCGCCGUCCAGGAGUUGGCUCGCAACUGCCCGGAACUCCAGCACCUCGACCUAACCGGCUGCCUCCGGGUCGGAAGCGACGGUGUCAGGACGCUGGCCGAGUACUGCCCCGCGCUGCGCUCGCUGCGGGUGCGGCACUGCCACCAUGUGGCCGAGCCCAGCCUAAGCCGUUUGCGGAAGCGCGGCGUGGACAUCGAUGUGGAGCCUCCGCUGCAUCAGGCCCUGGUGCUGCUACAGGACAUGGCAGGCUUUGCACCCUUUGUCAACCUGCAGGUCUGACCCGCCUGCCGAUGGGCACAGCUGGACUGUGUGGCGGGGCCUCACUGUGAACCGUAGGGAAACUGAACUGUGGGGGCCUCGGGUGAGAGGCCAGUGCCCUGCCCUACCUUGGAGCUUCAAAUAAAGAGCUUUUUACUCCUU